CACGAGCGUAUCUGCUAACUGACGUCACAUUGAAGGCUGAGCUGGCAGAGCUCUUGGCUGCAAGAGCUGCAUAGCAAACCAAAGUAUCACAAAGCUUUAGCUACGGAGUUCUCCUUCGAGCGUUGUUAAGGCGUGCAAAAGUCAUUGGUUUUCCUGUCCAAUGUGGUGCACCCCACCGAAUAGGUUGGGUCGAGUAAAGCCGUCACUCGGCCAUCGUGAGUCGUUGGAGGAGGUGUCACACGGGUUGCUGAGGUGCGUGGUUGUGUCACAAAUGCCCGAAGGCUGAGAAGGCGGCUGGCUGAGUGUCUGGUCUGUGGCUUGUAGCUGGGAGGGGUGUACAUGGCGGCAUAUAAAUCAGCCACUGGGUCAAGCUUCGUGGAUUUCGCUUCAGGAGUCCUGUUUGUUCUUCCUGUGCAUCAGUAAACAGUCCAUUUCUGACGCAACAGCACCGCCCGCGCUCUCGUCCUGAAGUAAAAUCAUGGCCCAUGUCAUCUAUAAUGGUAACGGCAGCACUGGCGGGACGACUCCCAGCGACAGCAACACCUACGCGCCUAACGCCUCCUUUACCCUUCAGAACCAAGGCACCCUGACGCUGGGAAGCCGGCUGUUCUUCUACUGGAACACCAAAGCCGACGGGACCGGGACGAUCUUGUUUCCCGGCCCCAACAGCACGUUUCCGGAUCAGACCACCGAUCUGACUCUCUACGCUGUCUGGGGCGUGACGACGGGCCUCACCACGGGCGGCGUCAUAACGCACUUCAACUUCUUCUAUGAUGCCACCCUCGUCGGGGAGCCUGCGCGCAUCAAUCAGGUGCUCGCGACCGGCGCACUCAGCAAACCCGUCAUCGAAAAUGAUUUCGACUGGCUGCAGGCGCAGUUCAAGGGCGUCGACAUGACCGAGGGCAACACCUUUCCGAUCCAGGUCGCGGUGACGGCCGUCAUCCAAAGCGUUUACAACGCGAGCUGGAGCUGGGGCUGGCCGCUGUACAUAAACGACGCAGGAAGCUGGUCCUCGACGCUCUUGCGCUCCUUGGUCAUCGCCGAAGUGUCUGAGGUCUUUAUGAGUGCGCAGCACAAAGGCUGGGGCUACUCCAACGGCGUCUUCAACGAGGAGAGCUGCGGCGAGGCCCUUUCUCUGUUUCUGACGGUGCAGUUCCAACUUCAAAAUGGGCUGGACAGUACCUGGUUGAUGAACGGCACACCCGCGACCUGGCUCAACACGUCGCUUCCGGCAAGCAACCCAGCCUCGACGGAAUUCGACCCCUCGACGGGCACGCAUUACGGGUCGCGACUGGACUAUGUCGGCAGCGUGAAGCCCUUCGCCAGCAAUGGUCCGGCCACCGGCUGCUGUAUGGCGUUCCUCUAUUACCUGUUCCAUCAGCUCCAGUUCACAGACAUACCCAAGAUGAUUGACUCUGCGCCGGGUCUCGAUGCCAACAAUAACGUCGUCGGCGGCUCUUGCCUGAAGGGCGUCUACAGUCAGCUGACGGGCGACAGUUCCGACCCGUUUCCGGACUUCGCGAGCCUGCUUGCCGCCGCCUAUCCGCCAGAUAAAGCCGCCAGCAUUCCGGGGCCCAACGUUGACGAUCCCUGGCCGCUUGGCGGCCUCGGAUAGUUGGAGGAGAUGAUGUUGAUCAAUUGAGGGUGUGUGAGGAGUGUUAAGUACAGCUAGUCCUCGCUAAGAAAGGCA